UGGACGCACAAUGAAGAAGGAAGACACUAUUUAUACCGUGGUGGAAGUGCUCAUUGCCGUUACUUGCUGUCUGGGUAACAUGCUGGUAAUUUUGGCCCUUUGGAUCAGUAGAAACAUUCAGCAGACAACCUUCUGCCUUAUUGUCUCGCUGGCUGUGGCUGAUUUUCUGGUAGGUUGUGUGGCAAUACCAUUGGCUGUAGUGGUGUAUGGACAAGUGAAGACUUCAUUCACGACCUGUCUCUUCAUCAGCUGCGUGAUCAUCCUGCUGACUUUUGUUUCAGUUCUGUGCCUUGUAGCUAUUGCUGUAGAUCGUUUCCUUCGUGUGUGGAUCCCUAUCAGGUACAAAAGGACUGUAACACACAGACUCUCUUGUUGUGUGGUAGCAGCAUGUUGGCUUGCUGCAAUUCCUCUCAGCUUUACUCCUAUGUUUGGAUGGCACAAGAAUGAAACUUUAAAUUAUACAACUUGCAAGUUUACAGAUGUCAUCCCAAUGCCAUACCUGGUUUAUUUCAACUUUUUUCUCUGCACAUUGACGCCUCUGUUGGUAAUGACUGCUUUAUACAUCUAUGUCUUUUGCACAAUCAGAAGAAACCUUCGAGACAAACCAGGGAGCCAUGCCCGAAAUUCUUACAACUACUUAAGGAAAGAGAAACAGCUGGCGGGAUCUCUGUUUCUGGUGCUGGCCUUGUUUGGCCUGUGCUGGCUCCCUCUCCACAUAAUGAACUGUAUUCAGCACUUUGGAAAUAGUGAGGUACCAAAAGAAGCUUUUAGUGUUGGAGUUGUGCUCUCUCAUGCUAAUUCAGCUGUCAACCCAGUUGUCUAUGCAUUCAAAAUACAAAAAAUCAAAAGAGCAUAUCUAAAGAUCUGGAAAGAGUGCAUUUCAUGUGGAACAGAAAAGCAGGAAUCACAUAUAAGCCAGACAACAGACAAGUCCAGCAGUAACGAUGAAAGUCUGGCCAAAAAUGAAUGAAGGCUGACUUCCUUGUUUAAUUCUAUUUUAUUAGGGAUCAAAUUUGAUUUGCUUUUGAAAUGUAUGUAUUAAAACCAGUGACUUGAUGAUUACCUUGGUGUGUGUCAGGCCUAGAACCAAAUAUUAUAUUAUUUAGAUACUCAUAUGUUUGCUAGGUAUUCAGUUUUAAAUUUUCAUCCAUCCAUCUAUUCUCUUAUCCAAUUCAGGGUCACAAGAUCCCAGCUGUUAUAGGGAAAGGGGUGGGAGUACCCCCUGGACAGGUUGCCAGUCUGUCACUGGGCACACUAAAUAUUAGUUUCUUUUAAAUGUGGAAAUCUAAUCCAUCUCAGCUUACAUCCUUGGAGUCCAUGUCAUUUAAACUUCAUUAAGGCCAACUAAUUUUUUUUUUUUAAUAUAGCAGUUUCACUAUCUAGCCAUAGCUUUAAACAUUGCUGUAGCUUACUGCUGAGGGUAUGGCUUGCAAAUAGUUGUUUUAGAGAUAGCCCUAGUGUGUACUGAUGUAAAACAUGUGUUUCUGUCUAUAUUGUGUAAACUGUUGCAGAAAAAAAGGCCAACUUCCUCUUGUUUUUAAAGUUAAGUUUUUAGAUAA